CAAAAACUCAUACAGUCAUUCUCAUCUUCAGAUCUCUCCCCUUUUACUUUUUUGAAAUUUGAGACAAAGUCCCAUAGAAAUCCCUUUCUGAAUUUUUUAUAUCACUUUUUAUUGAUCCAGAGCUCUGGAAUGGAAUUCUUCCAAAAAGCAAAAACGAUCAGGCUCCGAAGCCACCAUGACAAGUACUUACUAGCCGAAGAAGACCAAGAAUCCGUGUACCAAGAUCGAUAUGGCUCAGCCAAAAACGCAAAAUGGACUGUGGAAUUCGUUGAAGGCAUUAACAAAGUCGUUCGCUUGAGAAGCUGUUAUGGCAAAUACCUCACUGCCACUGAAGAACAAUUCCUUCUGGGCGUGACGGGUCAUAAAGUUCUUCAAACUACGCCGACAAAAUUGGAUUCAUCGAUCGAAUGGGAACCCAUAAGAGAUGGGUUUCUAGUGAAGCUCAAAACUAGAUAUGGGAACUUUUUACGAGCAAAUGCUGGGCUACCACCUUGGAGAAACUCAGUAACACAUGAUAUACCUCAGAGGCAUCAUGAUUGGGUUUUAUGGGAAGUUGAUGUCGUUGAGUUACGAUCAGAAUCAUCGGAAAAUGUUUCACGAUCAGCAUCACAGGAAAAUGUUUCACGAUCGGAGUCUUUGGAUUUGGAUUCGGAUCCGGAUCUUAGCUCGUCUUCUUUUCAUCUUCGCUCACCCAGAUUCUCCAAGCUUGAGACAAACGAUACAUUGGGUGGUUCACCGGUGAAGUCUAAAGGACGAAUUAUACAUUAUACUGUUGUAGAUGACAAUGGAAACGUUGCUGAUGAUGCCAUUGAAGGGCCUUCCUUUAAUUUUAAAGGCCAUGGUUUAGAGGAAUUGACUCGGAAGUUGGAGGAAGAGACGGGGCUAGAGGACAUUAUUGUGUGUUCCCGCGACACACGUGGAAAGCUAUAUCAACUUCGGUUAGCUCUUCCCCCAAACAAUGCAGCCAUUCAUAUUGUUGUAGUUCCGUCGACUUCUAAAGUGGCAAGCGAGUUUUUGGCAAAGACCCUCACUUCAACCAUGACCUAGGCGUUCAGAACCUGGAUACAAUUAUUUCAGUCACAAACCUGCUCCUGUUACAGACAUCAAAAGAAAUCAAGCCACAAGGCGUCGCGAGUCAUUGUGUAAUGUUACUGUUUACCCACAAUAAUAGCUUGGAAGCUUCUCAAAUGAGUGUUGUUAUUUGCUGGGGACUUGGUGGAUAUAAUUCUUGUUAAGUGAUUUCUGAUGAUGAGAUUUUGUUAGGUGAUUCCUGCGGAAGUUCUUUUUAAUUAUAUUUGCCAUGCCAAUAGAGAACUUUGUUUUUGUGAAUGAUGCUUCAAAGCCACAAAUCUCAUAC